ACCCUCGCCUCUUUUCGCUGCCGCAUUUCAGAAGCUACUCUGCAUAUGCGACCCGGUUCACACAAAUCGGAUCCGAACGACCCACUUCGAUGCUUGUUGUAUCUCUCGCUAGGUAACCGACCUUCGAUUCUCUGAGGAACCCUAAGCUCAGCUCCGAUCACGUCGCCAUGGGAGACUACAACGAUGCCUUUAUGCGCAACCAACAAAACGCCGCCGUUCAAGGCCGCACCAAAGUCCAGAACCGCGCCAACGUACAACAGCUCAAACUGAUUGGGCAGAGUCAUCCCACUGGUCUAACAACCAACCUAUUGAAGCUCUUUGAGCCUCGACCGCCUUUGGAGUUUAAACCGCCUCCCGAGAAAAGAAAAUGCCCGCCAUUAUCAGGGAUGGCGCAAUUUGUGAGUAGGUUUGCCGAGCCUGGAGAUGCUGAAUAUUCUCCACCCGUUAAAGAGGCUGAAACUCCUGUGCAAAGAAGGGCUAGAGUACAUAUGUUAAGAUUAGAGAAGGGUGCAGAAAAGGCUACCGAGGAGCUACAGAAAUAUAUUCCAAAUGAAGACCCAAAUAUUGCAGGAGAUCCUUACAAGACAUUAUUUGUGGCUAGACUUAGUUAUGAGACCACAGAGAGCAGAAUCAAAAGGGAGUUCGAGUCUUAUGGGCCAAUCAAGCGGGUUCGAGUAAUUGCUGACAAAGAGUCAAAUAAGCCUAGAGGAUAUGCUUUCAUUGAGUAUAUGCACACACGGGAUAUGAAAGCGGCCUAUAAACAAGCUGAUGGGAGGAAGAUUGAUGGUAGAAGGGUUCUUGUGGAUGUUGAACGUGGUAGAACUGUCCCAAAUUGGCGUCCUCGACGACUUGGGGGUGGACUAGGAACUACCAGAGUUGGAGGUGAAGAUGUUAAUCAGAGAUAUUCAGGAAGGGAGCAGGUGCAGUCGGGAGGACCACCACCACACUCUGAGGAGCCAAGGGCACGAGAGGAUAGACAUGCUGAUCGGGAUAGGGAAAAAUCCCGUGAAAGGGGAAGGGACAAAGAGAAGGAACGGGAGAAGUCUGGUGAACACUCGCAUGACAGACACAGGGAUCGCGAGCAUAGAGAGGAUAGACACCAUAGGGACCGUGACAGAGAUAGGGACAGGGAAAGAGACCGAGGUCGUGAUCGAGCACGUGAUCGUGAUAGAGACCGAGGUCGGGAUCGUGGUCGUGACCAUGAUCGACAUAGAGAACGUGAUAGAGAGCGUGAGCGCGGUCGAGACAGGGAGAGUGAGAGAGAUAUAGAUGUUGAAGACCAUGACCGUGAACAAGGCCGGUCUCGUGAUAGGGAGUCUAAUUAUGAUCGAGUUGAAUCAAAACAUGAGAGGGACCUGCAUGGUGAAAAGGAGCGGGAUUAUGAUCACACUGAACCCGAGGAUGAUCGUGGCUGGUAUGAACAAACCGAACAUGGGCAUAAGCAUCCAGACCAAGAUCUUGACCCUGAGCAAUAUGAGCAUCAUCGAAGUCGGGGACAAUAUGAUCGUAUGGAUAUCCAGGAUGACCAUGACCGAUAUGAUCAAUAUCCUGAUCGCAGUCAUCAAUAUGAUCGGAUGGAUGAGGAUGAUUACCAUUACGAACGUGCAACAUCUGAGUCCCGUGAAAGGGAGAGACCUCGAGAUCUGGAGCGUGAAUAUCGACGCUCAGAUAGGUCACUUUCUCGGGAGGACAAGUACUGAGGCUGCUAAUAAUGUUCAACUUGUGCGUUUGCUGGACUUCAGGGCUUCACUUAAUUAAAGCUCAGGGAUGGAUGUCUUUGGAUCAAUUUUCUUCUGUAUGGAUAUUGGACGCACCUUUUCAUUGGUGACUUAACUAUCUGUUCAAAGGUUUUGUGACUGAGCUGCUUGAGAUUCUGUUGUGUUUGGUGAUUUUUUUUGUUUUUGUUGUUUGAGAUGGAGUGAAACUUCAUGCUGGUUUUUA